AUGGAGCCAGCCAGGAAGAGGGGCCGUUCUGAAAUGUGGCAAUACUUUGAACUCAUUGCCCAUGAUAAGGUGAGUUUGUUAUUAUAGGAGGAGUCAUUUGUUUGAUUAUGUGCGCUAACUGCGCUAAUCCUCUAUAAGAGGUUUCACAGCACAUGAACUAUGCAGCCACUGAGGCAGUAUAACACAAAUUCUCUGACAUUAAGCUUCACGUUACAAACAUUAACACCACGUUGUUUAAGAUAGAUUGGUUAAUAGUCGGAUGGAUGUUCAGCAAUCAGUAUUCAUUUUCAGGGCUCUAAAGUCUCACGCAUUCGGCGUGCGGCACACGUAUUCCCACCCGUUCACUUGCCACACAUUGUGUUUCUCACAUAUUAAUAUUACCACGGUGACGUCCACCAAGUUGCAACCUUUUAACAAUGGAACAGGUAGAAAUCAAGUCAGUUCCACUGAGAGUAAAGAGGCUGCGUGCCACCCGAAAGCUAAUCAAAUAAAGUAUAUCUACCGAACAGCCAAUCAAAAAGUAGCAUUGCUGUAUCCGGGUAGAUUUUGGAGACGGACACUCGCUGAAAUGAAGCAGGUUUCGUAAGCACAACUCAUCAUUACCUCCGCCAAGGAGCUUAUGUUUUCUGUAGCGUUGGUUUGUUUGUUUGUCUGUUAGCAACUUUACGGAUAAAGUAACCGACGGAUUGGCCUGAAAUUUUCACCAGAGGUGCGUCUCAGCCCCAGGAGGAUCCUAUUAAAUUUUGGUGGUGAUCCGAACAUUCUGGAUAUUGUGACCCAGAACAUACAAAAAAGAGGGUGUCGUCGGAAUUUCCAAUACUAAAAGAUAAGAAACGGGCGGCACGAAUGUUGAAAUAGGCAGCAGUGUGGUGUAAUGGUUAGCACUGUCACCUAUCAACUAGUAAGUUGUGUGUUCGAAUCUCGGACAGGGCAUUAGUUUUUAUCUAAUGUUUUUCUCUUCAGGUUCGGUGCUUGUUGUGUACUUCUGAGCUGAAGUAUCACAACAAUACUUCUUCUAUGAAGAGGCAUUUCACUGCCAAACAUUCCGACCAAGGAACUUCUGCAGCUGCUUCAGCUACUUCUGGUGUUACCCAGGAGAACGCAGGAGCAGGAGCAGGAGCAGGAAGAGGUAGGCUAUAUUAUUGAUGAAACAGUAACACACUACAAUAACAUAUUUUAAUAUAUAUGACUAUAUUCUAUGACAUAAUGCUUAAUCUUCCCAAAAUUUCAAAUAAAUCCUCAUUGUAUGUACUGUAAUUUAUUUAUUUCUUUGUUUCUGUCUAGUUGGCCGGCAGCAGCAGUUGGAUGAUGCUCUGGUGGAGAUGGUCGUGAAAGACUCUCAGCCGUUUUCAAUUGUGGAGGACCGUGGUUUCAAGGACUUUGUGGCACUCCUUGAUCCCACAUACAUUCUGCCAUCAAGGACAGACCUAAAGAAGAUGGUGGUGCGCCGUUAUACAGAGGAGAAGGAAAAGGCCAAGGCCGUCAUGGAGAGUGUGGAAGCUGUCAGCCUGACAAGCGAUAUGUGGACCUCCAUAAACAUGGAUGCUUAUCUGGCAGUGACGGCCCAUUAUGUGGAUGCCUCUGACAGGCUGGCCACAGUGGUUUUGGGGGUGCUGCCAUUCCCAGAAGCACACACUUCGGAUAAUAUUGCCGCUUCGACGAGGUGUCUCAUGAUGGAGUGGGGCAUUGAGAGGAAAGUUUCAAGCUUUGUGACAGAUGCAGGAGCAAAUAUGAUUGCCAGUGGCAGAAAGUUGGGCCUGAGGUCUGUGCCUUGCUAUGCGCAUGCAUUGAAUUUAGUGGUGAAGAAGUCCAUUGAGAGCACUCCUGGACUGGAAGACCUUCGAACAAGGUCACGUAAAGUGGUGACCUACUUUAAAACAAGCACUAGAGCUAAAGAGGUAUUGCAACAGGUGCAGAAAUCCGCAGGACGCCAGACCAUGAAGCUCAUUCAGGAGGUGGACACUCGCUGGAACAGCACUUACGACAUGUUCCAGCGGUUGUACGAGGAGAGGCAGACUGUGGGGUCAGCUCUUGCCGUGCUCACCACAGAAGUACGACCACUGGCCUCUGAAGACUACGAGACCAUGGCUGCCUGCAUAGCGAUGCUCAACCCAUUCAAGAAGGCAACAAAUGAACUGUCUGAGGAAAAGAGAGUUUCAGGGUCAGUGGCGAUCCCAAUGACCAAAAUGCUCUUUCAUUCUAUAAUAGAUCUUACUGGACAAACAAGCCAUGCCACUGCAAAAAUACUGGGGCAGAACCUGAUUCAACAGUUGACAUCAAGAUUUGAUGGCCAGGAGGAUUCAACAGCUUGCAACCUGGCCACACUCCUGGAUCCCAGAUUUAAAAUGAUUGGGUUCCGCAAUCAAGGUUGUGCCCAAGCAGCGAUGAGACGACUGGUGUCAGAAUGUGCAUCUGUAAUGAGAACCUCACUACAGCUGUCUACAACAAAUCAACCAGAACCAGCUCAUCCUGCAAUACCAUCAGCAGAUAAUGAAACUCCAGCAGCAUCCACAGGUUAUAUCAUAAAGAUUAUAUAUACCAACUAUAUAUACCAAGUGGGAUUAUAAAUCAUCUUAAAGUCAGUGAUACACCUUCAAUAUGUCACAGAUGGACUGGGAGGCAGGCUUGCAGGUAAAAGAAAAGUGUUUAUUUUGAUACAGACUGAUUACUGUGAUUUUUGUCUUUUUGAAGGGAGCCUUUGGGAGCUGCUGGACAGAGAUGCAAAUGAAGCCAGGAGGUCGAGGAGCACAACGGCUGAUGCGAAUGUAGAGGUCCAGCGCAAUAUGACAGAUCCACCAGUAGAAAGAACCAAAGACCCCCUGGUUUAUUGGACAGAGCAAAAGAAUGUCUACCCGCAUCUUUAUGUACUUUCCAAAAGAUUUUUAUGCACACAGGCAACAUCUGUGCCAUGUGAGCGCAUAUUUUCAAAAUGUGGAGACAUUGUCAGUAAAAAAAGAAACCGUCUAAAUCCAAAGACUGUGGAAAAAAUAAUUUUCUUGAAUAAAAAUCUUUGAAAUGGAUAUACUCUACCUGUGCCAUAGUUUUUGUUACUUUGUGUACGUAGAAAUGUUUAUACUUUAGUGUGUGAAUAUAUGAGUCGUGGUUUCUUAGCAUAACAUUGUUUCACACUUUUGUUUAUUUAAGACUUCGGGACAAAAUAAUGAAAUGACAUUCACAAUAUUUCUCAGCGUAACAUUAAACAAGGUAUGAGCCAUUUGCUUGAUUUUUUUAUUUACUCAUGAGCUGCCAUAAUAACACAAUAUACAAAAACAUCUUUGGUUGAAUAGAGAACUAGAUAUCCAGUCAUUGUUUCAUGUAUGUGUGUAUACAUACUAUUGUUUUACUGUCUAAAGACCUUCGAACAAGGUCACGUAAAGUGGUGACCUACUUUAAAACAAGCACUAGAGCUAAAGAGGUAUUGCAACAGGUGCAGAAAUCCGUAGGACGCCAGACCAUGAAGCUCAUUCAGGAGGUGGACACUCGCUGGAACAGCACUUACGACAUGUUCCAGCGGUUGUACGAGGAGAGGCAGACUGUGGGGUCAGCUCUUGCCGUGCUCACCACAGAAGUACGACCACUGGCCUCUGAAGACUACGAGACCAUGGCUGCCUGCAUAGCGAUGCUCAACCCAUUCAAGAAGGCAACAAAUGAACUGUCUGAGGAAAAGAGAGUUUCAGGGUCAGUGGCGAUCCCAAUGACCAAAAUGCUCUUUCAUUCUAUAAUAGAUCUUACUGGACAAACAAGCCAUGCCACUGCAAAAAUACUGGGGCAGAACCUGAUUCAACAGUUGACAUCAAGAUUUGAUGGCCAGGAGGAUUCAACAGCUUGCAACCUGGCCACACUCCUGGAUCCCAGAUUUAAAAUGAUUGGGUUCCGCAAUCAAGGUUGUGCCCAAGCAGCGAUGAGACGACUGGUGUCAGAAUGUGCAUCUGUAAUGAGAACCUCACUACAGCUGUCUACAACAAAUCAACCAGAACCAGCUCAUCCUGCAAUACCAUCAGCAGAUAAUGAAACUCCAGCAGCAUCCACAGGUUAUAUCAUAAAGAUUAUAUAUACCAACUAUAUAUACCAAGUGGGAUUAUAA